AUGUCGAACUCAACAGUGGUCCGCAGCGUCACCGACUCCAUCGCCACCUUCAGCCGGCCCUUUGCCAGGGGCGGAGUGGUGCCCAUCGGAGGCCGUAGCACGGCCGUCAAGCUCCGUGGCGCCGACGGCAAGGGCGGCGUGUGGCUCCUGGCCAGCACGCCCCUGGACGACGAUACUCGCAAGAAGCUCGAGGAGAUGGGAUCUGUCAAGCGACACAUGCUGACGGGAAUGAAUCGUCGCUCGACCAGGUACAUCGUCGCAGCCGAUCAGGUCCACCACCUCUACGUGUCCGACUACGCCAAGGCAUACCCAGAGGCCAAGGUGAUCGGCGUCGAGGGUCUUCCGGAGAAGAGGACCGAUGUCAAGUGGGACGGAGCCUACGGCAAGGACCCCGAAGGAACAAAGUACGGCUAUGAGGAGGAGAUUGAGGCUCGCUACUUUUCGACGUUUAAGAACCGAGACGUCGCCUUUUUCCACAAGGACAGCAAGACACUCAUCGAGGCCGACUUGCUCAUGAAUUUGCCCGCCAAGGAGCAGUACAAGAAUACGCCCGGCGGCAAGCCGUCCUCAUGGGUCCCCUUUGUCGGCAUGUUGUCGCCCAUGCUGGCACCUGGCACAGCGCUCCACGCCAACUUCCUCUGGAUGGCUGGCGGAGCUCAAGCCGUCCCCAACCUGCCAAAUGGCGGCUCGACGCAGGAGCGCAGGACCCAGUUUGCAAAGGACGCAGAGGCCGUGGCCGCGUGGGACUUUGAGAGGAUCAUCCCCUGCCAUGGUGAUGUUAUCGAAAAGGACGCCAAAAAGGCCUUCCUCGACACCUACUCGAAGUACCUUGGACCCGAUGGCAAGGCGAAGAGCUUCUAG